UCUCCGGUCAAUUUUUCCGGUGAUCUUGUUGAAAAAAAUGAAGAAAGGAAUUCACCCUCAAAUGCAAUGGAUAUCCUACGUGACGCAAAGUGGACGGUUGAUGCAUGUUAUGAUGACUAAAAUACACCAAACAGGCAAGGUUUAUCACAUCAGAGCAAGGCGUCAGAUGGCUCAAAGUCUUGGUCAGAUUGCAAAGUUUAAGCGCCGAUAUGGUGAGAAGGAGGAAGAGGGGGAGAAAACAGACAAAUGAUUGCAUAAGUUGGAAAAAUAGUGAAUCUCUGAUGAUUUUGUGGAUGGAUUCAUCCUCGCGUUUUCCUUUCCAUCUCAUCUUAACUUGUCUUCUUGUAUGCUGUCACCCCUUUGAAUGUUCUGUUAAACAUUAGCAAACAACACAUUCUUCCUACUGUGUACACCAAUUCAGUGAUAUUUUUGCAGCAAUCAUUAUGGCUCGUUCUCCUGUCAGCGUUUAAUAA